AGGAGUAAAGGAUUGCAAGCACCGUCAACAAUGGAAGAUAUCAACAACAGCUAUUUCAACGAAGCGUCAUUACAAAAUUUGCAGGCCGAAUAUGGCAACCGCAAAUUUUCGAUACCUGGUGACAUUCAAGAGCUCGACGAUGCAGAUACAGUGUUUCAUAGCAGCCUGUCGGAUGUCAACUCAAACAAUCAAAAUGAUGAGCUUUUGUUUGUUGAGCAACUGCUAUUCGAGAGAAAGUUAGAUGAUGUCAUCAAGAGGAGGAGCAAGGCAGUGGUGUCCAACUACCUGCAGUCUUUUCAAGAUGAACUGAGAACGAAUAAAUUCAGCGACGCCCUUAAGGUAUUCGAUGCUGAAGAGGAAGAAGCGGUACAGGAUGUUUUGAAAGACGUCAAACUAGCCCUCCAGAAAGAGUUUGCAACGCACAAACUGAAGAUGGGAAAGGCCGAAGCAGCGAUUACUUUCGUGACUGGGGUACUUGAAGAUACUUCUGAGCCAGCUUGGUUCUUGUGUGCUCGUAGCAGGGCCUUUCAGCAACUGGGGGAUAUUCACUUGGCAAUGGUUGAUGCCGAAACUUGCAUCGAAAAGUUUCCUCAACUUCUCGACGGGUUCGAGAGGAAAUAUCAGAUCAGUGCUUUUAUCAAUGAUUUUCAGACUGUGAGAAACUUGAUGGACAAAAUAACAGAAUUAUUCCGGGAUCAUCCUAGAAUUUCAACGCUAUGUACCAGAACAAAACAGCUCUGAGCAACGCCUUCAUCAAGAAUU